AUGUCGUUUCUCCUAGUUGGAGGAGCACAUUUAUGCAAUGCGGCUCUUCGUCAGUAUAAUUUCACUAUCCAUAGUGGAACAAACGCCCCGGACGGAGUUUCUCGACCGGUCUAUCUCAUCAACGGGCAGCAGCCUGGUCCCCUCAUCGAGGUCGACGAGGGUGAUGAGCUUGAAGUAUUUGUAACGAACAACUUGGCGGUGGAAAAUACAAUCCAUUGGCAUGGCCUCUUCCAGCACAGGACGCCGGAGAUGGACGGUGUUCCCGGAGUCACGCAGUACCCAAUUCCUCCGGGAGGGAACUUCACAUAUCGAUUUUCCGUGGGUGACCAGUACGGCUUCUACUGCGUCGAGUUGGCAAAUACUUUACAGGCUGAAAAUAGUGCAACAAACAUCCUCCUUAAUGACUGGACUCAUGAGACGUCCGACACAAUAUACAGUCAGUACAAUGAGACUGGCGCAUUCCCUUUCUGUGUUGACAGCCUCCUUGUGAAUGGAUACGGGAGAACUACAAUGAUGUCAAAAUCUUCUUUAACUGCAUUGCCGUCAAUGAUGACUUCCAUGCCAAAUAUGCCCCUUACUCCUCGCGGCUGUACUCCGGUAAUGAAUUUUCGUCCCGGGUUCAAUGCCAGUAGCCUCCCGCCAGACACUUGCACCAACACAACUAGCCCUCUAUUGAAAAUCCCUGCCAAUACCACCCUAGGAUGGCUGGCUCUCAAUCUUGUGAAUUCAGGUUCCGUCAGUGGUCUCACUGUAUCGUUGGAUGCACAUUCUCUUUGGGUUUAUGCUGCUGAUGGACUUUAUGUUUCACCCCAAGAAGUUCAAGUCCUCCAUAUAUCACUCGGUCAACGCUAUUCAGUAAUGAUAAAGCUUGAUCAAAUGACGGGAGACUACUAUCUCCGAUUUGCUUCGUAUCCAACCGGUGAUAUGCAACAAGUUAUCGAAGGUCAAGCUGUCGUCUCGUAUAGUAGACAAAACAUGACGGCGAUGACAACAACCAUAGCACCAUUGAUUCAGGAAGAUCCGAUGUCUACAUGGAUGUUGCUUAAUGGGUCGGCAACGGCUAACGCAACGGCACUCGAUGCGACUUCUCUCCGACCCUUUGUAAGCAACGCACCACCUGUGGGUGCAGCAAACGUGACCAAAUACUUUUCUCUCAAUCAGACAGAUAUUGUCACAUGGGUGAUGAACGGGUACCCGUACGUGGAAGCGGAGGUGCCGGUUCUCUACGGCAACAGCUCGGAUGGGUGGUUAGCCAACACAACGAUCCAAUUGCCGAUAAAUUCUACGAUAGAUGUCAUCUUGACGAUAGCCAACGAUUCCAUGGACGUAAUGGGCCAUCCGAUCCAUUUACAUGGCCACAAGUUUUGGACCCUAGGCUCUGGCACUGGGAACUUUCCUUAUGCCUCGGUGCUCGACGCACCCCAGGGUAUGAUAGAUCUCCAUAACCCAAUGUAUCGUGAUACAGCCGAUAUUCCUGCGUCUGGAUGGCUUGCAAUCAGAUUCGUCACUGAUAACCCUGGAACGUGGCUCUUGCAUUGCCACAUGCAAUGGCAUCUCCUGAGCGGUUUCGGACUGGUCUUUGUUGAGGGUGCCAAUGAACUACAGGGGGUGAACACAACGCAAACACCGCCUUUACCGAGCAGCGCCACGACGAGCGUCGGUAUUUCGUGGUACAAUGAGGCUAAUAUCUUAGACGUUAUCCUUUCCGCCGCAGUCUGUAUAGUGCUCGUGACAAACUGA